UUGGUUUUUAUAGGAUGCUUCAUUUGUGACGAUAGCCGAAUACAUUGCAUCUCAAUUCAUAUCCACAGAUGAAGUUCCUGCCUCGGAUCUGAAGUACUUAGUGGAAGAAGGUCUGAAGCCAGAGAAGUUCCAUCCAGAUUACAUUCCAGUGGUCGACAUGGGAGUAGAACUAGACAUGGAGUCUGGUGAAAAGAAGUGUCGAUUGUUCCGAGCAGAAGCGUAUCAUUCACCAUCUUUGGUCUUCAAAGACUACAGGCGCAAAUUCAAUCUGCAAGUCUGCCAUUUGUGAACGUGUUUGUGGGCUUCCCUUCUGGAUCCCAGAUCACUCCUUUCCAGAGACUGCAGAUGACCACGUGUCCGGAUGAUAAUGUGCACUGCUUCCAAGUGCAGGGAUCGUGCGAUGACCUGGAUUUGGUGUAUCUGGAUCUCUUCGCAGACAAAACGCUGACUGAUGAAUUCAACCUGACCUCUGCCAACUCGACCAAUUGGGUGCGGAUUAUGGGCCAAGUUGCUAUAUUCACCCACAUAUACCUCCGAGUCAUCCACCAAUGUCAACCUCAGAAGAAUGUCGGAGACAGAGUCAAAAUAGUCAUCCCUUCUGGUGCAUGUGGGAAUGUUUGCAGUGCUCUAUUUGCAGUUAGAAUGGGGCUGCCAUUGGACAUCGUGGUUGCCAAUAACUCUAACGCAUUCUUCCGCACUAUUUACCAUACAGGUGUGAUUGUGGUUGAGAGUGGAAAUCAGAGACAGACAGUGUCGAAUGCGAUGGACAGUCAGUGGAGUCCCGCUCUCACCAGAAUACUGUUCCUCUUGUCUCCUCGUGAUAACACUGGCCUGUAUGAUCAACACGCACUGCAGAAACUGAAAAGAGCAGAGCCAAUCAACGUGCCUUGUAAGGCCUUGGCGAGUCUGCGUGAACAAGUGUGUGGAUGUGAGGUCGCCUCGGAUGAAGAAACGAUUGCCAUGAUGAAGCACCUCAACCAGAACCAGUACGCCUCAAAGCAUCAAAACACUCGGAGUAACUCAAGUGAUAGGAAUCAUGACAGCAGUAUUAAUAAUAAGGGGCUAGUCGUUUGCCCACAUACAGCAGUUGGGUUUGUGGCGUUGAAAAAGCAUCUCCAGGGGCCAGCAGAGACCGGUGCUGACAAGAAAAACACCCUUGACUUCAACUUGGUCCAGAAUACUGAGUGUGCCAAUAUGCUUGAAGAUAUUGACCCUGUUGUUGUUUUGGCAACCGCCCACCCAGACAAGUUCUCACAUGUGAUCAAAGACAGGGCGGGUUUGGAAUAUAAUGUGACUCAUUCUUUCCCGUCGGCAGAGGAGAGAUUUGUUAAAUUAGACAAAGACGAAGAUUGGCGAAAGCGGAUUGUGGAAAUGAUUAAGAGUGCUAACUAAAUUAAAUGAAAAAUGGUAUAGUGAAGAGUGUCUGUAUGCAUUUGCGAAUAACAUGCUUUGUAAAUUUAUCACUCAAAGGAUUACGUAGUCUUUGCACUUCUCUUGUCAUUAUAAAUGGGCGAGAAAUAGUUAAUCAUAAAGCUAAUCAAAAGUAUAUUUGAAAUUAGAUUAUUUAGAUUCUUUUUAUUGAAAAACAGUGCAGUAUAAAACUUUUUGGCUUUAUUACACUUGCGAGAGCAAGCAAGUGUCGUGCAAUCGGGAACUAUACUUUUUCCCUGUAAACAAGUUUUCUUACGCAUCACUGCUGAAAGAAAUUGUGCAGUUGCUUUAUUCAUGAACUUAACUAACUUUGAGACCUUUCCCUACUUGGCCUAGAGGUAACGCACACCUGGGGAUUUAGGGGGGCGGAUGCUUCUUCCUCUCGGGGAUUCGACCCCCUGCCGACCCAAAGGGUCUCCCCUUUGUACUAUGUUGCGAUAUCCAUUUUUGGCUGACUGGCCCUAAAGUUUUUCUAAAGGCGCUUUUGGCGCCAAAAUAUAUUAUUUUGAGGGCGUAGCGCUUGUCAAAAUUUUCCAAAAAGUGCCUAAAAACGCCUUUUUGGCCUGUUUUUUUUUCAAAAACUUGCAUGCGGCAAAAUGUGGUCUUUAUAGUGACUUGGGAGAGCUCGGAUAAUCAAUUUGGUCGACCUAAAAAAAGGUCGAUAAAGUUUUCGAUUUCUUUUUGAAAAGCCGCCCUUCCCCCUCAAAAAAAUCCUAGAUCCGCCUCUGGUAACUCAGAUGCCUUUGUACCCUAAGGUAUGGGGUUUAAGUCCCGGCAGGACCUUUUUAUCAGUAUGUAUGAAAUUGAUUUUUGUUCCGGAAAAAUUUGAAUUGUCGGACUUUCGUUUGCCUGCCUUUUUUUAUUGCAUCAGUUACUUUAUUUUGUGUCGCUUCAAAGGCAAAAAAUAUUUGAGUAAGACUCUUGCUAUUUUUUUUUUCAGGAAAAAGUCUUGAAAUUUCUUCACGCUUAAUUUUAAUUUUUCGCUAAUUUUUAGUUUAUUUCUAUUGUUAAAAGGAAGGCAAACUCCACUGUCGAACAGCAAAAUUGUGAAAGCCACGAAAAACGUCAUUGACUUCUAUUUUCGAAAAUGGAAAUUAAUUAUCAGACUUCCCAGCGAAAUAAAUGUUUUACCUAUUGAUCCAGUUUUCUCAAAUUGGGUUAAUUUAACAAAUUAAGUGUCUAUCAUAAUUUGUUCUACAAAUUCGAAGAGC